AUGUAUAAGGGUGUCUAUAUACUUUAUGCUCUUUUUAUUUUUGAAGUUGCAAUAAACUUCACAGGCGAGUUUUCAAGUAAUUUUGAUAAUAGUAAAAUUACAAGGAAAAAUAUUAAAAUUUCCAAUCAAAGGUUACUAAGUGAAAAUACUAAUGGUGAUGAAGAAGGUGAAAGCAAAAAUAAAAAUACUAGUUUCAUCGAUGAGUUGUCAAGUACAUAUGAAAAAGUUGAAAAUAUAAUAAAAAAUCACAAACUUGGUGAAAAUGCUACUAAAUUAAAAAACAACCUUACUAAGAACAUGCGUCCCCAAUUGGAACAACUCGGUGCAUUUGCAAAGAGUGCUAUUGAUAAGAACUUAUCUUCAUUGAAUGAAGAAUUAAAAAAGAAAUUUGCCGAAUUUGAAAAUGGAAACGGAGAAUCCAAACCAAGCGAGGAACCCAAACCAAGCGAGGAACCCAAACCAAGCGAGGAAUCCAAACCAAGCGAGGAACCCAAACCAAGCGAGGAAUCCAAACCAAGCGAGGAAUCCAAACCAAGCGAGGAACCCAAACCAAGUGAAGAACCCAAAUCAAGCAAUAAAAAUGAAGGUGAAACAUCUAAUACAUCCAUAAAUAAGAUUUUUGACAAAGUUUUAGAAGAUAUAACAAAAUGUGGUUCGGAAAUAAAUAAGCAAUACAAUUCUGCAAAAGAAGAAUUAACAAAAAAGGUUAAAGACAUUGAAAAAGAUAUACAACCAGUAGUAGGUGAAACGAUUAAAACAUAUAAAGGAAUGGUGAAAUCUAGCCUGAAAUCUCAAUUUGAAAAAUUAACAAAAAAGGCUAAAGACGGUGAAAAAUAA